AUGGCGACUCAUACCGAAACACUCCUUAUGGAGGCCAUGCCAGUGAUGUCUCACACUCACGCCUCCGCCGAAGCCCAGAUAGCAACCCCAGAACUCCCCCGCGUCACAGCCUCUCGCUUGAGGAAAAUCGCAGUGACGUUCCAGCUCUCGGGCGUCAACUUUGCAUGCAGCGCUACCAACGGCCUCAUCAUCGUGGGUCUCCCUCGGAUGACGGCUGAUCUCCAUCUCCCUGCGUCCCUCGCAUUCUGGCCCUCGUCCGUCCAGGGCUUGGCGACCGCGUCGACAUUGCUCCUCGCAGGUGCCCUGGCGGACGUCCUGGGCGCUCGGUCCGUGGAUCUCGUCGGGUGCAUCCUCAGCGGCGUCCUGAUGCUAGCCUGCGGCUUCGUUGGUCGCGGCGAGGAGCUAGUCGCCCUGAGGGCCUUACAGGGCGUUGCGCUUGCGCUGCAUCUGGCGAGCUCCGUGGCUUUGGUGUCUAAGACGCUGCCGCGCGGUAGAGGGCGUAACUUGGCCUUUGCUUGCCUGGGCUUGAGUCAGCCGCUUGGCUUCUCCUGUGGUCUUGUGCUUGGGGGUGUGCUGGUUGAGACCGUUGGGUGGCGCUCGGGAUGGUAUCUCUACGGCGCUAUCAAUCUCGUCCUCUCAGCCGUUGGGUUGUGGUCUUUGCCGAAGUCCGAACCUCUAGGUACCCUUCGCGAUGUUUUUCGCAGUGUAACUACCAAGAUCGACUGGCUGGGUACUCUCCUCGCCUCGAUGUUUAUGGCUUUGCUGUCAUAUUUCCUAGCCUUCCAAGAAGUCCAGCAUCUCUCAGCUCUCAACGCUGCUAUCCGCAUCCUGCCCAGCGUUGUAGUUGGUGUGGCUCUUAACUUCACAACUGGUCUAGUUGUUCACAAAAUCCCCGCCAUCUGGCUGAUCGUCACCACUUCGGUUCUGACAGCCGGCUCCCCCCUUCUCAUGGCCCUUAUCAAUCCUACCUGGACGUACUGGACCGCUGCAUUCUUCGCCCAGGUUCUCAUGCCAUUCUCGGCAGAUGUUCUCUUCACCGUAGGUCUCAUCGUUGUGACGGAAACCUUUCCCGAGGACAAGCAAGCAGUCGCCGGGUCCGUCUUCAACGCUGCAUCGCAGUUUGGAAACGCAAUGGGUUUGGCAAUCAUGCAAGUUGUUUCUACUCUAGUAACGAAGCAACACUCGGGUAGGCCAGCCCCUGAGGCCCUGUUGGAGGGAUACAGGGCUGCUUUCUGGACCAUGUUCGCCUUUAUGGUUCUAUGUGCUGCUAUUGGGGGCAUUGGGCUUAGGAAGGCAGGCAGGGUUGGACUGAAGCAGGAUUGA